AUGUCGGACAGUUGGCCGAACCAUAGUGGAAGUUUAGAAGAUAAACAACGAAAUCUCUACCUUUUCUUGAAAGAACUUCGUCGACAAUUGGAUACGAAAUACUUUCUAACUUUAGCUACUGGAGUCAAUCCUGAUCAUAUUAGUAAAAUGAAUUUGCCGAAGAUCAUUGAUUUUGUCGAUUGGAUCAAUGUCGUUACCUACAAUUUCCAUAAUAAUCAAGAAUUACAGACUGGCCACAAUGCUCCUUUGUACAAAAACGACAAUGAAACCUUAGAUGACGCGUCGGCUUCAUCAUAUACAUCGAAAAUGAAUUGUCAUGCGGCUAUUCAAGCAUAUCUCUCGGCGAGAGUGCCACCGAAUAAGAUCGUCAUGGGCAUUCCUUUAUAUGGACACGGCUGGCAAGAAGUAACCAAUACGACUUUGAACGGAUUUUUACAAGCUGCAUCGAGUGUUCCUCCAAAUGGCACUUGGGGCGAUGGUUCGUUCGAUUAUGACGAUAUAAAAAAUGACGUGAUUCGCUCGUACACACGUUAUUGGGAUGACCAAUCUAAAGUUCCAUUCCUUUUCAAUAGUUCAACAGGAAUUUGGAUUAGCUAUGAAGAUCUCGAAUCAGUUAAAUGGAAAUGUGAUUAUAUGAAAAAAUAUCGAUUAGCUGGUGCCUUCUUUUGGGAACUGAGUAAAGAUCGCAAAGGUGAACUGAUUGGAGCGACAUUUAAUGCAUUGAACAAGGAUAUUGAUGUUCUAUCUAUGAAUCGACUUCGUUCGUGGAAAGCAAAUGCACAGUAUUAUGUUGAUGAUCACGUGAAAUAUGAUGAUAAAAUUUAUCGAUGUAUUCGUUCGCACAAGUCGGUAGUCGAUCAAACACCACCUGCUGAAAAUUCACUCUGGUCACUCGAAUAUAUAUCAGUAUCAACAGCGUCAACUCGCGUAUAG